AUGACGAGCUAUCUCCUGGCCCCAACACUGGCGCAAAAAGGAGACUCUCGGCUCCUGAAACCCACCAACUCUGUGACCAUUCGCCAGAGCGGCGGAAGCAUUUGUGCCAAUCAUUUGGUUGGUGAAUUUGUGGAGCAUCUGGAGGAUUGUCAUAUGUUUUACCUUUGCGUGGAAAAUGGUGAUGCCGUCUUGGCCUCUUGCCCACCCACAAUGCUUUUUAACUCGGAGAGUCGACUUUGCGACACUGCUGGCAAUGUAAAAUGCCGGAAUAGCACAAACAAUGGCACUCCUUCCGGAGACGCAGGCGGCGGCGGCGGCGGAGCUGGUGACAGUGAUCUUAACAACAUGGUCACGGAUGCUGCCACUUAUUGUGCUGCUACACAAACGCAACAGCAACAGUCCAGCGAUCGGAUUGUUUAUGUUGGGAGCUCGAGCAGCUGCAGCAAAUAUUACAUUUGCUAUUACGGCCAGGCCAUACUCCAGGAGUGCAGCUCGCAGUUGCACUGGAAUGCGAUGACCGGCAAAUGCGAUAUUCCGGAGAGAGCUCAGUGCACGUUGGGGGCCCAGGAGGAGCAGGAGGAACACAGGCCAUCGAAUGGUAAUUCCAACUACAGGCCGGGCGGUGCCAUUUCGAGUGAUCUCAUCCAUUGCCCCGCCUACGGUCAGCAUUUGUAUCCGCACAUGCAGCGCUGCGAAUUCUUCAUUUAUUGCGUAAAAGGUCAUGCCAGUCUACAGCAGUGUCCCUUUUAUUAUUUCUUUGACAUUGCCUCAAAAAGUUGCCAAUGGUCGCGAACGGCGUUGUGUGUGAGAGAUUUGAAUUUGACGCCAUUAAUAAAAUAG